CAUCAGAUGGCGACAGAUUUGCAGCUGUCGUGCUUCCUAUAUCUGCCAUGGUCAAAGUAGGAAAGCUGGCGGAGGAGCAAAAGGCGGCGAUGGAGGAAGAGGAAGAGGUGAAUGCAGAGGCGGCGGAGGAGCUGGAGGAGGCCGAGGAAGCGUCCUGCAACGGCAGCAAGAAGAAGGUAGUUCCGGGUAUUGUGUACUUGGGCCACGUCCCGCCGCGAUUCCGGCCCCUGCACGUUCGCAACCUGCUCAGCGUCUACGGUGAGGUGGGACGCGUUUUCUUCCAGGCCGAGGACCCCUUUGUGAGACGAAAAAAGAAGGCAGCCGCGGCUGCAGGAGGAAAGAAGGGAGCUAAAUACAGCAAGGACUAUACCGAAGGCUGGGUGGAGUUCCGAGACAAACGCAUAGCCAAGCGAGUGGCAGCUAGUCUACAUAACACGCCCAUGGGUGCCCGCAAGCGCAGUCCCUUCCGUUAUGACCUGUGGAACCUCAAGUAUUUGCAUCGUUUUACUUGGUCCCACCUCAGUGAACACCUUGCCUUUGAGCGCCAGGUACGAAGGCAACGCCUGAGAGCAGAGGUUGCCCAAGCAAAACGAGAGACUGACUUCUAUCUUCGAAACGUAGAACAGGGACAACGCUUCCUUGCAGCUGAUGGGGAUGCUACUCGACCAAAUAGCUCCUGGACAUUUACUCAACGUCCCACUGAGCAGGAGCUGAGGGCCCAGAAAGGAGCACGGCCAGGAGGGCGGGAACGAGCUCGGCUGGCCACAGUCCAGGACCAGGCCCGAUCCAACAGAGGGCUACUUGCCAGGAUCUUUGGGGCCUCUCUGCCUGCAGAGAGCAGGAAAGAACCGUAGCCUAUAAGGGACUACUAAUGGAAGAAGAAAUGCCUGCCAGCCCUGCCUCCUUCUCAUCUGCCUCCUGCAGAGUGUAACCAUCUAGGCAGAUGUUUGCUCUGUUCCACAGAUCAAGAGUCUGGUAAAAGGCCUUUUUUGUUGGUGUCUUUUACCCACUUUGACCAAAUCUUUUAAGUGCCAGUCUGAGAACUUUACUCAUACUAUCCAGGAUGAAGACCACUGUAGGUGCCUGCUGUGUUUGUCAUCUGAUUGCCUGCCUCUUUCUCAGUGGGCACCUAAUAGUUUCUGGCUGGAAAGAAUAGACUUGCCUUCCACUAGGGUAGUGGUCUGUGGUCUUUGUUCACUGUAGUGGCGGGCUGAAUUAACAGGAAUUGGAUUUGUGGUCCAGUUUGUGGUUUAUGUUUGAAAAUAAAAAAUAAUUUAUAUGCUUUUUA